AUGUCCGGGCAAAAAAAGAAGGCAUUAUUUAUUUGUUUAGGAAAUAUAUGCCGUUCGCCGAUAGCUGAAGGUGUGUUCCGUAAAAUUGCUGAUGAUACAUGGGAAAUAGACAGUGCAGCCAUCGGCGGCUGGCACGUCGGUAACCCGCCGGACUGGAGGGCUUUAGAUACUAUGAAGAAACAUGAUGUACCGUAUGAUAAUUGUGCGAGGCAGAUAACUUCAAAAGACUUCAAUGAAUAUGACUUCAUAUUUGGUAUGGAUGAAGAGAACAUGAAAGAUUUAAACAGGAAGGCUCCUAAAGGAUCUAAGGCAAAGCUGUUUCUGUUCGGAGACUUUGAUCCCGAGGGAGACAGGAUUAUACGGGACCCAUAUUAUGACAGCGAUUCUAAAGGAUUUGAGAAGUGUUACGAGCAAUGUGUCCGAUGCUCUCACGGUUUCUUAGAGCAGUUGGCUCAAGGGAAAAUAAAAUAG